CAAAGCUGUAGUAUAUCACAUACAGCAUAACCUGAAACGUCAUACAAUCACAAUUCAGAAGUAUCGCACCAAGCAAAUUUAAUUUGUAAAGCAGCAAUUAUAUUUGCAGACGCUGCGACCGAGCCAAAAUUGACGAUGAACGCGAAGAAGGGAAUGAUUAGUUUCGGAAAAAUAAAAACUGAUUUAGGCAAAGGGGUUGGAUUAUCAAGUUCCAGUGAACCUGUUGAAGGCUUUGGUACUUUUGGUAAACAAAUACCCGAGACUAAUCUCACAGAGAUGAAAGAAAUAAAUCCUGAGGAUGAGGAAGAGACUAAGCAGCUACAAGAAGUCAUGGGAAUGACAAGUUUUGGUAAAAAGGCUAAAUCUUUUGACAUACAAGAAAUGCUAGACAAUAUUACCAAAACCGUUCGUCUAACUAAAUCCAGCCAUACCCAGUCUGCAAAUGUAACAACGAAUCAUCCCCUUGAAACGGAGUCGAGGAGUACUGACAAAAAGGAAAGCAAAAAGAACAAUAGAAAAGAAUCACCUGAACCAUCUUCUAGUACUUUGGUAAAAAACAAUUAUACCUCAGACAGUAAAAUUGUUGAUAGUGAUGAGGAUGAGAAUGAAGAUGAUGGAAAUGACAGUGAUGGGUCAGAUAUAGGCCAAACUUCUGAAACUAAUAAAAUUCCAUGUAGCCAUGAAAUAGAAAUGCAUCAUGGAACAAAAGCAGUUAUUGCUGUAGCCGCAGAUCCUUCUGGAGCCCGUCUAGCUUCAGGAUCUGUAGACUAUGACGUUUCUUUCUGGGACUUUGCUGGCAUGGAUACAUCUUUAAAAAGUUUCAGAACACUACAGCCUUGUGAAAAUCAUCCAAUAAAAUGCCUACAGUAUUCUAUGACAGGAGAUGUUAUACUAGUUGUGUCUGGUGCAGCUCAAGCAAAAGUCCUGGAUCGUGAUGGGUUUGAGAAAUGUGAAACUGUUAAAGGCGAUCAAUAUAUCACUGAUAUGGCAAGGACUAAAGGUCAUACUGCUGCUUUGAAUAGUGGCUGCUGGCAUCCUUUAAUUAAGGAAGAAUACAUGACCUGCUCUCAAGACAGCACUUGUCGUAUAUGGAUUCUGUACAAGCCACGUGGUCAUAAACAUCUUAUCAAAUGCAGAGCUCAGAAUGGAGUCAAAACUAUACCUACUACUUGUGCUUACAGCAAGGAAGGUAGCGUAGUUGCUUGUGGCUGUGUUGAUGGAUCUAUACAGAUGUGGGACCAUAGAAAAAAUUUUGUUAACACAUCUUUGCUUCUCCGGGGUGCCCAUCAACAAGGUUCUGAAAUAUCCAGUUUGAGCUUUUCAUAUCUUGGUAAUUUGCUUGCUUCUAGAAGUUGUGAUGACACUCUCAAGUUAUGGGACCUUCGAGCAUUCAAGAGCCCAGUUUUUGUUGCCAAGGAUUUAUUCUCUAGAUAUGAUACAACCGAUUGUAUGUUUAGCCCUGAUGAUUCUAUGGUUAUUACCGGAGAAUCUCUCAAAAAAGGGCAGAAGUCUGGGAGAGUGUUGUUUUUUGACACUAAAACUUUUGAUUUGGUUAAUGAAAUUUCUGUCACUAAUUCACACGUCAUAAAGACCCUGUGGCAUCCAAAACUCAAUCAAAUAUUUGUCGGCUGUGGUAAUGGAGUCGUCAAAGCUUAUUAUGAUCCUAAGAGAAGCAUGCGAGGUGCAAAAUUAUGUGUAGUCAAAUCUCAUCAUAAACAGAAGCACAUUGAAAUAAUGUCUACACAACAAAUAAUCACACCACAUGCUUUGCCGCUGUUCAGGCAAGACCGACCAAAGUCUGUUAGGAAACAAAUGGAAAAAGACAGGCUGGAUCCAGUCAAAUCUCAUCGCCCAGAUCUGCCUAUUACAUCUGGACAAGGUGGUAGAGUUGCUUCAUCUGGGGGAACUUUAAGUUCAUACGUCAUCCGGAAUCUGGGGCUUAGUAAACGUAUAGAGGAUGACCAAGAUCCGAGAGAGGCGAUCCUUAAGUACGCCAAGGAUGCUGCAGAAAAUCCAUAUUGGAUUUCUCCUGCUUAUCAGAAAACCCAACCCAAAACUAUAUUUCAAAGUGACCAAGAUGGUGAUGAACCAACUGCUAGUAAGAAGCAAAAAACUUAAAAAUAUUUCAUUUUCCCUUGAUUCCUUUGCCCACACAAUAGCAAUGAACAUAUAUAAUUGUUAUCGAGUAGGAUGAUGAAGUAUCAAUAUUAUUGUACAUAAAUAAAUAAAUCAAGAAAUCAAAUCUAUACCUGA